AUGAAGAUGCAAACGGCAGAGGAAACCACCAUGAACAGAGUGAAGAUCCUUUUCUCCGUUGGACGGGAUAUGGUUGGCAUAGAGAUGAGCACCUUCGUGAGAGGUGGUGUACUUCAUGUCUUUCUUCUCCCGGUACUUGACGUGGCCAACCACCAUCAGCGAGGGGCAGGUGACGAAGAUGAGCUGCAGGGCCCACAGGCGGAUGUGGGAGAUGGGGAAGAUGUGGUCGUAGCACACGUUGGGGCAGCCUGGCUGCUGGGUGUUGCAGACAAAGUCUUUGUUCUCAUCUCCCCACACCCGCUGAGCCGCCACCACAAACACCAUCACCCGGAAGACGAAAACCAUGGAGAGCCACACUCGGCCGAAAACGGUGGAGUAUUGGUUGACCCCACUGAGGAGUGCCUCCAGAGCACCCCAGUUCAUGACGGCUGCCUUAAGAGAGAAGACGUAUCAGAAGGAGCCCGUCUAAUUGGCGUGGCUCUGCUUUACAUAGCCUCCCCCACAAUGGAGGCACCCUGGAAUGGAUGUAACGUGUGGAGGUGUUUGACAGUGGCCCCUACCCGGGCCGGAGCCGGGGUCCGGUGGGGGGCCUACUGGGGGCCGUGGGGGGGCUACCGGGACCGGCUACCGCGCCGACGGUCUGAGUUUGCUGCCCUCUGCUGGCCGGAGGCGAAACAUUUCCCCGUUCACGUGUGCAUUAACAGGGUUUCCGGCUCUCACGCUCAUGCUGUGAAGCAGCUGUUGUCAGCCACUCAUGCCACCCAGACAAAACUCAUGCCAAAUAAGAUGAGGGCUCUCAGCAUCCUGCUGAACUGCUUUACCUGGGAUUGCAAAAUCAGCAGAGUUCAUCCCAGCCUCUCGUGUCCCAGCGUGCUCCCAGCUGUUUGGACCAUUAUGAGAGUGGAUGUGAUGAUUUUUCCAGUGGCACGUUACUUCAAGAAGGAACUAGCGGGCUGCGAUGUAUACGUCUGA